GGCGCCGCGCGCUGCCGGCCGAUAAAGGUCUCGGCGGCGGCGUUUGACGUCACGCGGAGUUAAUUUUAAACCCGGACAAGAUGGCGGAAGGGGACGCGGCGCGGCGCGGCCAGCGAGCGGGGCCGCCAGAUAAGAGUUUGGAGGAGGAUGCCCUGGUAGACUCUGAUGCCCUGGUUAACUCAGAAGAUGAAGCAGAUUUGAAGACACCUUGCCCUAUACAAAUUGUUCUUGCACAUGAAGAUGACCAUAACUUUGAACUUGAUGAAGAGGCACUGGAGAACAUUUUGCUUCAGGAACACAUAAAAGAUCUCAAUAUAGUAGUUGUAUCUGUAGCAGGGGCUUUCCGCAAAGGGAAAUCAUUUCUACUGGACUUCAUGCUUAGAUAUAUGUACAACAAGAAUUCCUCAUGUUGGAUAGGUGGGAACAACGAGCCAUUGACUGGAUUUACAUGGAGAGGUGGAUGUGAAAGAGAAACAACUGGCAUUCAGAUUUGGAGCGAAGUGUUCGUAAUUGACAAGUCUGAUGGGACAAAGGUGGCUGUACUACUUAUGGAUACCCAAGGUGCCUUUGAUAGCCAAUCCACUAUCAAAGACUGUGCGACGGUAUUUGCUCUGAGCACCAUGACGAGUUCUGUCCAGGUUUACAACUUGUCCCAGAACAUUCAAGAAGAUGAUCUCCAACAUUUGCAGUUGUUUACAGAGUAUGGAAGACUUGCUAUGGAAGAAAUUUACCAAAAGCCAUUUCAGACACUAAUGUUCUUAAUUAGAGAUUGGAGCUAUCCUUAUGAACACUCGUAUGGCUUGGAAGGAGGAAAAAAAUUUCUAGAAAAGCGAUUGCAGGUAAAGCACAACCAGCAUGAAGAGCUACAGAACGUAAGGAAGCAUAUUCGCUCGUGUUUCAGCAACCUUGGCUGUUUCCUGUUGCCCCACCCUGGUCUUAAAGUUGCGACUAAUCCAAAUUUUGAUGGGCGGUUGAAUGACAUUGAUGAUGAUUUCAAGAGAGAGCUGCGGGAUCUGGUUCCAUUACUACUUGCUCCUGAAAACUUGGUAGAGAAAGAGAUCAGUGGAUCCAAGGUGACUUGUAGAGAUCUAGUAGAAUAUUUUAAGGCUUACAUUAAAAUCUAUCAGGGAGAGGCGCUACCUCAUCCUAAAUCAAUGCUCCAGGCAACAGCUGAAGCCAAUAAUCUUGCUGCAGUAGCAGGAGCAAAAGACACUUACAACAAAGGCAUGGAGCAGGUUUGUGGUGGAGAUAAGCCUUACAUUGCUCCAUCAGACCUAGAGAGACAGCACCAGGAUUUUAAAGAGUCAGCUGUCAAACAGUUCUGUUCUGUGAAAAAAAUGGGAGGAGAGGAGUUCUGUCGGCGCUACCAGGAGCAGCUUGAAGCGGAGCUUGAUGAAAUCUAUGCAAACUUUGUGAAGCACAAUGAUGGCAAAAACAUCUUUUAUGCUGCUCGUACCCCUGCCACUCUAUUUGCUGUUAUGUUUGCCAUGUAUAUCAUCUCAGGACUGACUGGCUUCCUUGGUAUGAACUCCAUCGCUAGCCUGUGCAAUCUCAUCAUGGGGCUAGCGCUGAUAUCCCUUUGUACUUGGGCAUAUGUUAAGUACUCUGGGGAAUUCAGAGAAGUUGGAACAGCCAUUGAUCAAAUCGCUGAAGCACUAUGGGAACAGGUGUGUUCCAAACUCUUUGAAGUUGUUAGACGUCGAAUGAUUCGCCGUGUUCUUACAUCAGCGCAGCGACAGCGACUCUCGUCCAACAAUAACAAGAAGAAAAAUUAGACAGUAUUGAAGCCCCUGAGUGAUAAUUUGAUGGAGGAUAACAUGAGGCAGUCUGUAACAAACUCUAUCAAAGCAGGCCUCACUGAACAGGUGUCUCAUCAUGCCAGGUUAAAGACAGACUGACAAUCUCCUCUUCAACUCUGCCCUCUCAUCAUAGACAUGCUGUACAAUGAGAACUCAAUAAAAAUAAACCAAAGUUUACAAUCAACUAUAGAUGUAGUUUAGUGUGACUGGCUUCACUGAUUGGUGCCAUCAAGUGUGAAAAAUGAGUUUGUCAACGUUAAGCAUUCUCUUUAAUCUGCUUCUAAGACAGAUCAGUGCCAUGGAGACUGGUAAAUGCGGGGACUCUAAAUGCAGUUGUUGUGUGUUGUGCACGUGUCCCAGGGUGAGUGACUUUCCUCCUUUCCUGAGAUAGUGCAGUCUCUGGCGUGCAAUGGAAAUGUAUCCUCUGUACAAGGGUAUUUCAGGGAAGUAAUUGUCAAAUGUGUACAAGGAAAUCUUGUAACCAUGUGUUUAGCCACCCAAUAUCCCAUUGAAACUUUUAAGUUCUGGAGUAUUUAUAAAAUCACUGUAUCAAGAGUCAGAUUGAAAUGUCAGUGCUAGCUGGCAUCAGUGAAGCCAAUAUUGAGCCACUGUAUAAAGAUCUUGCUUUACUGCUUUUUACACCGCUGUUAUCCCAAUGCAUGUUGGUUCCUCACGAAAAAUGACAUUAGAACUAACUAUUGUAACCAAGGAAGUGAUUCAAAGUGUACAUUUGUCUUGCCUUUUUUGAUUCACAAACUUUGUCCUACAGGAGAUGCAUAUCAGAAAACUGAGCUGUCUUUUUCUGCAGUUUAGCCUUCAUGUAUAUAAUACGCCAUUAAUUUUACUGGGGGGAAGUUCCAUCCAAAAAAAGUUGCCUACAGCUAUGAAGCAAUGAGUUAGGACUGUCUGUACAGCGUGUUUAGUUUUUAUUUUUAAGAAGUCAGAUAGGGCGUGUAUAUGAAAUAUAAAUAUAUAAAUACCAUUUUGUAUCAAAGUUUUGUAGUUUAUGGCAAAACCUGGUUCUGUGGUAGGCUAAGUACAGUCCCCGUGACGGAAUGCUUGUGGCUCAUGUAAACGUGUGAAUGCAUAAACAGUUUGACGUUUUUGAUAUAUUUGUGAUAUUUACCUGCCUUGAGCACUGCGAUCUCUCACCCCCUGGGAAAUCAAUGGGAAUGUUGGUUGUGAAACUUCUUGUCCUGUUGCAUUUUAAAGUUAUUUCCUGUAAUUUAUUUUCAGUACAUGAUUAAAAUAAGUUGUGUAUAUAUGAAA